AUUGCUGUGGCUGUGAAACGAAGGUCUUUGUAGUAGUGUUUCAGAUUCAGUAAAGCACUAAGAUCGUUCGGUGGUGGGGGAGUUGUGCUAAGUGUUAAAGAAAUGGAGAGUUUUACGAAUUCGUGUAGAUUGUGUCUGUGGAAAGGAGAUAAAAUGCUUCCAAUUUUUACGUCUCCUGAUGACGACGAAACAGCAUCGAAGAUUCGAAAAUGCCUGCCGUUAGAUGUGCGAUGGGAAGACAGUUUGCCAAAAGGGAUCUGUGCCAGCUGUCUGUACAAGGUGGAGAUGCUGUUCGAGUUCCACUGCUCUGCUGUAAGAAUUGACUCACUGCUCAGGAAAUAUCUCGCUUCAGAAUUGACUGUUAAGGAACAGCAGCUGAGCGGCAAUGGAUAUCAGGCAACCAACAUGCCCCCAAUGCGUAGUGUGGCCAUUGGUACUGAGGAUGAAUAUUUCCAUUCAGCAAGAAGAACGAGGAAUGGCCAAGAAAGCAGUGGUAAUGCAGAACCUAUGGUAGCCAGAUUGCGUGUGCGGACACCACAUGACAUUAGUGAUAUGAGUAGUGCAACAGUUUUCCCAGUGGUUCAGGUGCCUCUACAACAGUCAGACCCCUUUAAUGGACAUAUAACUGAGGUGUCAUCACUGUCACACAGAUCAGACAAUGUUCAGGGUAUUGACAGUAUUCAUGCAAUUGGAGCUACAGAACAGUCACCAUCGAGCAGUACAGUACUGCGUUUGUCUGCAAGUGGUACUGCAGUUCAACAAGAGGAGUCAGGGAGGAGUGCCUCAAGACAGUCGGAGCCUGUGGCUCACACAUCAUCCCCGGGAGAGGCCUGUGUAACACAAGAACCCACGUCAGAUUGUGCCCCAGCGGAAGACACAGAUGUAGUGUGUCUUUCAGUCAAGUCUUCACUGACUGUGGUGCAAAGUGGUCCCUCAACAUCCCGGCCAUCAUGUGAGUGUGCCGACGAUGAUGAAGUGGUGGUGCUUGCUGAGAUCCAGAAGCAACCGCACCCGUACCGGCGGUGCAAGACCCCUACCAGCUUUGACACCUCCUCUGUGUCUAGCUGUGCCUCUGCGUCUGCUGUUUCUACCUCCUCCUCUACCUUUGAAAGUGGGAGCAGAAUGGCACCUCCGCGGAAAGCACACCGUCUUUGUCCCCGGCACCAAGAGUACUUGCGACUGAUGAACCUACAGCAGGAGCAGCAACGGAUGGAACAACGAGGUCUACAACAACAGGAGACACUGCAGAGGGUAGACCACCAUCCUAUUUUAAGCACUUCCUCAGCCAGUCUGAGAUUGUCGGAUGUGUCCAAUCCUGUGCAAUGUGAGCCCACUCAGCAAGUAACGCAAAACCAGUCAUGUGGAGGAGGCACAAGGCAACUGUCAGCAGAAACUCCACACAUCGACACAUCAUCUAACUCGACAGAAUCUGAGGGACGUGUGCAAUUGCUUGGCCAAAACAAACUUACAUCUGGUGCAACAAGUGAUCUGGUAGCCCUUCUGAACAGUGACUCGUCACAUAUCACAGCUCAACCUGGUCAGUUGGAACAAGCAUGGCAUGUGACGAGGACCAAACCUGCAGGAGCCACCACAGAGGCAGUGGUGGCACCACUUUCCAGUUCUGCAAAAUGCAACUCAUCUGUAACUGAGCCACAGGACCAAGUAAGGCAGCUGACUCUUGCCCAUCCAAAAGGAACAACUGUUGAGUCUUUCCUGGGAAAACCGUGUGGCAGCAAAUUAUCUUCAGCUGAUGCACCACUGCCAGCUGCUGCACUGUCCCAGAGUGCUAUGCCAACCCCAUCUGUUGCAGCAGCUUCACCUUUUUCGCAGCUCUCAGCCUGCGCGCCUCCUUCGGCUGCUCCGCCUGCUACACCUGCAGUGCCUCCUCCAUCUUCUGAAGCUAUCCCAGUUACUGCACCUCCCCCAUCUACUAUGCCUAUCCCAUCCGCUACUCUGUCAACAACCUCUAAAAGGAUUUCAUCUGCAGCUUUACCUACCAACUCUGUACCAGUCUCAUCCACUGCACUACCUGGAAUGCCUGUGACAACACAAUCUGACCCUUCCCCCGUAACCUGUGCGGUGACUCCAUCGGUCACACAAUCCGGUAUCGCCUCACACCCCAGCAGAGCUGCUGCACACUCUCCAUCCCCUGCAAGAUCCUCAUCUGAUGGGCAGUCCCCCUCGACUGUACAGACCUCAUCAUCACGGAAACAGUCCAACACACGGUCUCGAUCUCGCUCGCGCUCCAGUUCGAAAUCUCCGUCUGUUGGACAGCGCCGCGGCUCUAAAUCACCUGUGUCCACUGCGAUGGCUCCGCCCUCUGCAUCUCCCAAACCCUCUGCACCUUCCACAGACCAUACACAACCGCGACUGGCUCCCCUGACUACAUCUGUUACGUGGCCAUUGCCUGCUGCACCCACUACACCUCCUGCACUAUUACGUGCUUCAGCACAACCACAGCAACAAGAAAACAGACAGCAGAGAGUAGUGUUGCCAACACGUGGUUCUGGACAUCCUGAGCAUCAGGUGAUACCACCCAAACUACAAGAUGGAGUCUUCAAGUUUCCAACAUUCCUGGUUGUAACUAAUGCCCCUUUUCAUGCACAAACACAACCUCCAGCGGCAGCAACUACUCAUCUGUCGGCACAGUCUCAAACCUCUGCCCCCGCAGAAACUCCCACAGUGCCAAAGGAACAGGAACAGAAACAACAGUUGGCACAAACCGAAUCACCGGGAGGGGCCAUCAGCCAGUUGUUAGCAGCAUCUGCACUUAUUAGUCCCCCACGUGGCUCAACAGAGCUUAAGCAACAAGAGAAGAAGCAAGGGGAGGUGCAGACAAAACCCACAGGAACACAUCUCUUUCAAUCUGCAGCAGCAUGUUUGCCUACUGCCCCUCCACAUUCCCCUGCUCCAGGUAAGCAAAACGAACAGCAGCCACAAGUCCAACAUGAGCAGCAGAAAAAUAGACUGGAAGUGUUACAUGAUAAACUGUCAGCAAUAAUAGGCAGGCUACCAGCAGGCUCACCUGUGGGCACUGACGAGAAGGGUGUCUGUGUACAAAAUGGUCAGGCACACUCAGAGGCUGAUCAGCAGUUAACAAAUUCAGCAACUACCACUGCCACAUCACAUAUAGUUGCACAGUCAAGUAAGAGGAGGAAAGAGCAGCGAUCACACGCAGUUGUCGCCGAGCGUCCUGCGACUCCAGCUGAAUCCACAGCUGCCUCUCCUACCUCACAGAAGCCAAAGCAGAUCAAACAGAAAUACUAUAAAGCAAGCUCACAAACUGAAAAGAGCCUUCGGAAAUCACCAUUGACAGUAACUUCCACUGCAAAAUCUUCCUCAGAAAGAGCUAAAAGCCAACUGUCUGGAGGGACUGUGGAGCAGCAACAGACCACGAAGCAACCAGCACUGCCAAAUUCAUAUGACUCUCAAAAGUGGAAGAAGAAAAAAAAGAAGAAAAAAGAAAAGGAGGAGGAGGAAAGUCACCAACGAUCAUCAAAUAAAUAUCAACGGGAGCAGCUGUCACAAAAAAGAAAGCACUCAUCCAAGAAUACACAAGAAGCUGAAGACCUACCAUCACAGCCUGCUCGUACCCCUUCUUUACAGCAAAGUCAGGAGAUGGAGGCUGUGAGUCAGCACUACGGCAGCCAUUCGCAUCCAGUGAAGACAAUGUACAAAGUUAACAGAGGCGAGGCGGAGCAGCCGCAAGUGGAGCGUUGGCGCAACGUUCAACAGGACGCUGUUGAGCGUGUGUGGGUCGCUCUGCGAGAAUGCACUCAGCUGUCACAGCCACCGCUCCAUGACCAUGCGACAUCUCCGCCUGUGCCAUCUGCCACCGUGACGACGCCCUCACCUCCUGUAUUGACGCCUCAGCGGCCAUCUGUGGGGCCGGUUCCUCCCGACUCCCUGUCCCCUCCGCCACCGAUGCUGCCACCUGCAAUCUCCACAAAAACCCGCACCGACCGCCCGCACUCCACUGGCCCACUUGUGCAGUGCACCACUCCUCCAGUGAAUGAGAAGUUGUCUCCCACACCGUUCCUCACGCCACCUGAUGGAGUUGACCAGCAGAAGUCCAGAUCGCAGCUGCCAUCCAAGGCAACGGCAGAGAGUGGUGAACGUCGGUUGCGCACUCCCAGCCCGGCGUCCAGCAUUGGCAGUGUAGACUGGUUCUCUGUGCCACACCGCAACGGCGUGCCUCUGCGGAGGUACUACAACAGGAAAAGGCGGUACCUCAAUCUCAGCUGGGGAGAGGCCUCAGGAACGGACAGAGAAGGCAGUGAGGACAGAGGCGACAAUACUGAGAGAAGCCCUUUGUCACUGCCAUCACCCAAGACACAGUCAUCCUGCAGUGCCCCAAAAUCUUCUGUUCAGGCAUCUGCAGCAUGCCCGGAACUAUUUCAGCAGUCGGUUCCCUCAGCGACUGCCCCUCACCGGUUGACGGCGGGAACUCCCCUAUUGACAUCACGAUCUGCACGUGCUGCCCGCUAUUUAUGCCGCUACUGCCAGCAACGGUUCAGUGCGCGCAUACUGCUGAGCCUGCAUCGCGUUAACGGGGCGUGUGAACUGCACCGCAGCCACAACUAUGCACGCAAUGGGGGUGGAGGUGACCAUCCGCAGGUGACAGAGCGUGAGCUGAUGCUGGAGGCGCGUGUGCGUCUCGAGCGGCUCUUCGUUUGCCCACGCUGUUCGCUUAUGCUCUCCACCGAGGGCACACUCAAACGGCACAUAGCCCUCCGCCACGGACAUGACAACCCCCGUGACACACGCGCCUCUGUGCAGGUGCACUCGCAGGACUGGACACUAUCCCUGCCGGAUACGCCGUCGCCACCUCCCCUGUCGCUGCCACUUGCUGCCAGGUUGUCUGACGGCAAAGACAAUGUGUUGGAAGCUCUGGGGCUUACCAGGAAGAGUUAAUGCCCGUGCUCUGUUGUUGCCUUUCUCAACUGGUUGCUUCUUACUCUGUGCAUACAAAAGCUGUGAGACUGCCAUAAUUGUUUUACUAUUCAUUUUUCACAUAUCACCUUCUCAGUAUAUAAAGCAGUCAAAAGUAGACCAUCUGUUGACUGUAGUCUGUCAGACUUCUUGCAUCACAUUUUUUAUUCUAGUCGAUCUUUUUAGAAAAAAGAGAUCAAUGUUUCAUGAACUAAUAAGGAAGAGGUAUCCAUUGAUAUGAGUGUACAGAGAAACAAAACCAACUCCAUGAAAUUGUUUUUAUUAUCAUUAAAUAGGUUACCUAUCAUUGUGUUCUAUACUUUUUCUGUCUGUAUUGCCCGAAGCAUUUAGGGAAGCACUACCCUACUAGAUAUGAUGUGCACAUCAUGUGGCCUGAUCCCUCACUCUUUAAAGUUUUACUUGUCCUUAAUUUUGAUUUUGGCACAGUGUGAAUGUGUCAACUAACAAAGGAGUUGACCAUGCCAUGGAUUUGUUAGAAGUAGGCCACCUUUCACAUUCAAGACAAAGCACCAAAUGAUAAAUUUCUCACUUCAGAUGUUCUACAUCUCGCUUUCAAAUUGUCCUAAUGAUAGUGACUUUACAGCCUAAAUGUAGACUACUCGUCUUUGCUUUAGAAACCAUUACAGCAAAGCCUGAGGAUAAGAAAAUGUUGGGUAGUCUCACCAGAACUCUUCUGAACUGCUUGGCUUCAGUAAGAGUGAAAGAUAUCUGCCCAAGUCAUUUGACUGGACAUGAACUUUCAAUUACUCGCUCUCUGACUUCCACCGUAGGUGCUCUUCAUGGUUAUAAAAGAGCCAACAAUCAAAUUGUUUGGUUCAGUGAACUACACUACUUCUCACUUGAAGGAAACAUAAUUGUUCUGAAGGUUAUAUCAUCUUAUUAAAAAUUACUCCCAUUUCAUCAAACUUUUUAUGUAAGCUAACCACACAAGCUUCCAUGGAUCAAGGAUUCAGAUAUCCUCCACUAAUUUUUCUGUAGCUUGGCAGUAAAAAUCACACCUUAGUCUUAGAGCAACUGAUGAACGAAAUGUGCAAAAAUGCUGCUGCUGUCCAUGUAUUUUGAGAUAAUGUACAUUGCUGCCAUUGCGUAACUUCCCAUGCCUUAUAAUAAUCCUUUUGGUUAAUUUUGAACGUAUCAAAGAGAUAAAAUUUGGGCACAGUCUCCAUUGGAUAUUAAAAUUUGCUUCAAUUGCUGCAAAGUUUCAGUUUUGAAGCCAUUUUUAAAUUAUUGUAUAAUAUAAUCCAUCAAAAUUGAUGUAUCAUUUCAAGUUCACCCUACAUGCUGCUGUAGUGACGUGUAAUUCUUAACUGAACUGUCGUGACACUCUACUGAUGUCAUAGGGUUUGAUCACAGACACACAACAUGUAUCUCUCUUCUUACGAGUAGAUCCGUAUAGUUUGCAAAUCAAUGUACAUGAUUCAUUGGUUCUAUCCUACAAAUACUAGUUCACAACUUGUAAUCACAAGCAGCACAACAUUAAUAAUUUAACUCACUACUCAAUAAUGUAAUGUAUUCAUUAAUUCUAUCAUUGUCAGCAGUGAUGCCCAAAUAAAUGUUAUUAAUUACUGACACUUAAAUGUCAUGAAGUAAUAGUUUGGUCUGAUUCUGUUAUAUUCCAGUUACACAAAGUGAUUCUGUAAUACCUAAUGGGCAUAUAUGCUGUUACUCCUUAUAAACGUUUAUGAAGUAGUCACACACCCAAGCUUAAUGUACAGUAUCAUACAUUCACCAGUGUGAAAUUCUGACUUGGGUAACUGGCUUUGAGUUAGACUGAGCCUGAUCUUCCACUGGCUUUUCCUUAUCCUUGCACGAUGAGGUUCUUGGCUAGUGUUAAGACAGCCAGCUCAGUCUGAUACUGUAUUGUACUGUUGGCCAGGAUUCACAAUUAUAAAUUCAUGCCAUGAAGGGUGCUGUGAACAGCAGUGAUAUAGUACACACUAUAGCAGAAAUUGCAUGGCAAUGAAAGUAAAAUGGGAAAAAAUUAAUCCAUCCAAUGACAGCCAAUGUGAUAAAAUAUUAUUUAGCCAAUUUGCUGUGGCUUUGGACCCGAUUGCAACUUGAAUUAGAAAGGACAGCUGGGGCAACAAUUCUUCAGGGGGUAAACCAUGAUCCUUCAGUGUCUCCAUGAGAAAGGAAGAUAAAUUAUGUUGCCUAGUUAUCAUAAAAUUGGUGUUGGAUUUGUACAGCGGCCCAAAAUUUCACCUGUGUGUGUGUGUGUGUGUGUGUGUGUGAGAGAGAGAGAGAGAGAGAGAGAGAGAGAGAGAGAGAGAGAGAGAGAGAGACAUUCUUUUCCACUUUUCUGAACCUUCAGUUUGUCAUCUGGGAUUUCAUCUUAAUGAUCGAGAUUUUUCUUUCUUUUGCAAUUGUUUAUGCUCUCCUAAUAUCCUUUUUUCAGGGUUGAUAUUCUGUGUGUCCAGUACAUCUCACCAAACUCGAGGUGGCGAAAUACAGACCACCACUUUGUACUACGAAAUUAGUGCAGUGAACUGAAAUACUUUUGUUAUAAACGUGGCAUAUAUGUUUCAGAAUAUCAUGUUACUUUUGUGUGUUCAUUCAUGAUUUUUAAAUAUUACCAGAGCUCUAUACCAGCCCUAUGCAUUCUUCAUUUGUGCCACCCAACAUUUAUAUGAAUGUGAGACAUACACAUCAUCAUUUAAUAUUCAGAAUGAACAAUAACUGCAUGAAAUUCGACUAUGCAAACAACCACAAUCAAUUACUUUGUUCACAUUAUAUUAGAUGUUUUAAUUUUAUAUAUUUCUCCUUAGUUGAUGAAUGAUUUUUUUAAUUAGGUCACUUGCAACAGCAGGACCAAUCUUGCUGUUUUCAGUAUUUGUAUAAAAAGAUUUUAGCUUUACAGUGACAAGUUUCUUGUUAAAUAAAUGCUUUUAAAUGUCAUUUGUGUGUUACACGAGGAAUAAAUUUAUCAUGAGGUCUGGAGAAAAUUCAAUGAAAUGGUGCCACUGUGCAGUGACUUUGUUUAUGAAGCUUGAUUGAGUUAAGUUAUCUGCCACGCCUUUUCGAUUUACAGAACCUCAUUAAGAAUGUGAAGUACACAAAUCAAGAUUGAGACCCCAAAGUAUUCUGCUCAUUCAAUUUUUUUGCAAUGGAAGACAGGAGUUGUCGCGUCCCAAGCGUGGGUUUUGCGAGGGAUUGAGCGACACGGUUCGUAAACGGGAAUUAGCUGGUUGACCUAAUUGAGAGGGAGACUUUUGAUCUGGCUAAGAUGUUAAAUUCCCUGGUGUGAAGGUACAAGGCUAGGAUGUUGGUAGAAGUAAACUCGUAUGGACGUUAUAAAAGUUCUAAUUUAUUCAUAAAGAAUACAGAUCACCCUAACUGCGUAGUGAUUGUACCUACAGAAUAGCCAAGCCCAUUACAGAGACGGUGACUGACUUCCACCGUUCUGGCUGCCUGAUAGAACUUUCCAGCACUUUGCUGCCCACACUAGCACCCUACGUCAGAGUCCCGCGGUCGCUGCCUAAACGCUCAUCGGCGACUAUCUCCAACUGUCUGCCUGCAGCCCGCCCUCAGCCCAAGUCGGCUGCUACUCACGCUGACUACCGUCGCUGCCUAAACCCGAGAGAGAGAGAUCCCCGGAGCGGCGUGCCUCCGAGUUUUGUUAGCUCUUCCCCUUCGACCCCGCCAGCGCUUGGCAUGACGUAGCGUCGAGUGCAACUUUUCCUUAUUAGGGAUUGUUUUAGUAUUAACUUCAGUACUUUUCUUCAGAAGCUGGG